AGGACUCGCAGGAAUAGUCAGUGUGUGGCCGUCGAACGGGACUCGUCCUUGUGUGUGAUGGUGUUCUGAUAGUAUGGGGCAGCUAUGAGCAGUGCCCCGAUUGUAUGGUGCUGGACCGCGCUCUUCUUCUCAUCGGCAUGGAGUGGAGGCUUGGACAUGCAAGGACCUUUGUUCUUGCACGAACCGCCACACAGAGUGGAAUUUAGCAACAUUUCGGGCGCGAAAGUGGACUGCACAGCACAUGGGAGUCCUUCUCCGGAGGUGGAGUGGAUUCUGGCGGAUGGGUCCUCAGUGCAUCAGGUGCCUGAACUCCGACUGUUAUUCCCCAACGGGUCUUUGGUGUUUCCCCCGUUUCCGAACGAGAGGUACCGACACGACGUCCACGCAGCGCUCUACAGGUGCAAACUGAAAAGUUCACUAGGGACGGUUGUCAGCCGGGAAGUGCAUGUUAAAGCUGUUGUGAAGCAAAAAUACGACGUCCAAGUCCAUGACGAAUACGUGAUUGCGGGCAACACAGCGGUCCUCAAAUGCAAGAUUCCGAAUUACGUGGCUGAAUACGUGAUGGUCACCUCCUGGGUCCAAGACGAAACCAUCAACAUCUACCCCAACACGGACAUUGGCGGCAAAUACGUCGUCCUCAGCAACGGGGACCUCUACAUAAGUAAUGCAGGACCUGGGGACGGGUACAAGAACUACGGCUGUCGCACUGUUAACCGGCUCACAGGUGAAGUCCAGACGAGCAUGUAUCCGGGAAGGAUAAUCGUGACGGAACCGAAGGGCAACGUCCAGCCACGGAUCAGCGUGGACAAGUACAAUGCCAGGAGGGUGGUCCUGGGGGAGGACGUCACGCUGCCGUGCGUCGCGCAAGGACAUCCUGUUCCUGGAUACUACUGGAAGAGGGAACUGCAAGGACAAAGCGUACCUGUUGCUCUGGGGGAAAGACUGACCAUUUUAUCGGCAGGAUUACUGAGGAUAUCCAAGGUGCGGUUGGAGGACCGCGGGGUGUACGUGUGCUUCGCCAACAACUCUGCGGGCGAGGAGAGCGUGAGGGUGACGCUGGAAAUAACAGCGCCCUUGUCAGCACAUGUUCAACCUCAAGUACAAGUGGUCGACGUCGGGAAGGAGGCCAGCUUCCAGUGCAUUGUCAACGGAUAUCCCGUCUCUCAAGUCAGCUGGCUGCACAACGGCAAGCCCGUGGCGCCCGACCACCGCGUGGAGGUGAUGGCGGAGCCCCCACGUCUCACCAUUCGCCAAUUAUCGAAAGACGACCGCGGAAUGUACCAGUGCCUGGCGAGCAACAACUGGGACCAAGCCCAAGCCACUGCCGAACUGGACAUGGGCGACGCCGGUCCUGAGCUGAUCUAUUGGUUCUCAGAGCAGACGCUCCAGCCAGGACCGAUGGUUUCGCUGAAAUGUGUCGCAACAGGAAACCCGCCGCCUCAGUUCACGUGGACUCUGGAUGGGUUUCCGCUUCCAGACCAUCCUCGAUUUUUGGUCGGGCAAUAUGUCACGAUCCAGGACGACGUGAUCAGCCACGUGAAUAUCACCAAUAUCAAGGCGGAAGAUGGGGGCGAAUACACAUGUACGGCGCAUAACAGCGUCGGGAAAAUAUCACACAGUGCCAGGGUGAACGUCUACGGCCUCCCCUACAUAAGAGAAAUGCCGAAAAUCACCGGAGUGGCCGGAGGCAGUCUGGUGAUCAAAUGUCCCGUGGCGGGAUACCCCAUCGAGACCAUAAGCUGGGAGCGCGAAGGCCAAAUCCUGCCGGUGAAUCGUCGGCAGCGGGUUUACGCCAACGGCACUCUGGUGGUGGAGCAGACGCAGAGGAACGAGGACGCCGGCACCUACACGUGCCAGGCGCAAAAUCGGCAGCGGAACUCCGACAGAAGGAACGUCGAGGUGCAAGUUAUAGUACCGCCAAAGAUCCUGCCCAUAAAUCCGAUGACGGGUGUGUUGCGAGAGGGAAUGCGUGCGGCAAUAACCUGCCAAAUUAUGGAAGGAGACUUGCCGAUAACAUUCCGGUGGGAGCGCAACGCCAAAGCCGUUUCCAAUAACGUCGCUCUGGGAACGGUAAUAAGGCGAAUCGACGAGUUUUCCUCGUCUUUAAUUAUCGAACAGGUGACAUCCGCUCAUUCCGGAAAUUACACUUGCAUCGCCAGCAACGUGGCGGGGGCGGAGAAGCACGUCGUGCCGCUCACUGUCAACGUGCCGCCGAGGUGGACGGUGGAGCCCGCAGACUCCAGCGUCGCUGCUGGACAGGAGGCCACCAUGCAUUGCCAGGCAGAUGGGUAUCCCAAGCCAGCUGUCACCUGGAAAAAGGCCGUGGGUGAGCAACCCGGCGAAUACAAAGACUUCCUGUUCGAGCCCAACGUGCAGCAAUUCCCCAACGGUUCGUUAAACUUCCUCCACAUAUCAAAAGAAAACGAAGGGCAAUACUUAUGCGAAGCGAAAAACAAUAUCGGCGCUGGCGUCAGCAAAGUCAUUUUCCUCAAAGUCAACGCUCCGGCCCACUUCCUGCAGAAAUCGAAGCAGCUGCAGGUGGUGAAGGGCGAGCAGGCCCACCUGCAGUGCUCGGCCCUCGGCGACACCCCCAUGGAGAUCACCUGGAAGCUCGGGGGCCAACACAUAUCCAACGACGGCGAUCAGCGCUACUCCGUGCGGGCGCAGCAACUGGCCGAGGGGAUGGUCUCCGAGCUGAGCAUUGAGAGGACGAUCAGACAGGACACGGGGAUUUUUACGUGUUCGGCGAGCAACGCCUACGGAAGCGAUGACAUGAAUAUUCAGCUGAUCGUGCAGGAGAUUCCAGAACCGCCGAGGAACGUCAGGGUAAUGGACCAGUUAUCGAGAUCGAUCGGCAUAUCUUGGACGCAGCCGUACGCCGGAAAUAGCCCCAUCACUAACUACAUUGUCCAGUACAAACCGGGAUCAGAAGCGUGGCCGAAUCAGCCGGCCAAGGUGACAGUUCCCGGCUCGCAAAUCACCACGACUUUGCAGAACCUGCGCCCUGCCCAAGUAUAUCACCUCCGGAUUUUGGCGGAGAACCGCUUGGGUCUAAGCGACCCGAGUCAAGUCGUCCAAGUGAGCACCCUGGAAGAAGUGCCGAGCGGGGCCCCUGUUGAUAUAAGGGCCGAGGCGAAGAGUUCAACUGAAUUGGUGGUCACUUGGGAACCCCCGAAUCGGGAAACUUGGAAUGGUAAUCUCUUAGGCUAUCAUGUGGGGUACCAGGAGGUCUCGACGGAAGAUUCGAACAAUGUGGCGCAGUCCUACACCUUUAAAAGCGUGGAAGUGAGGCCACAUUAUGGGGGCGAAGCCGUGCUGCAAGGCCUGUCCAAGUACACCACGUAUGGGAUUAUAGUACAGGCUUACAACAGCCGAGGAUCCGGCCCUGCUAGCGACCCCGUAACAGCGCGAACUCUGGAAGAUGCGCCAAGUUUGCCCCCUCUGAACGUUCAGUGUUCGGUAUUAAGUGCUCAAAGUUUACACAUAUCAUGGGAACCGCCGUUGCCGGAAGGACGAAACGGAAUUAUCCAAGGAUAUAAAGUUACUUAUCACUCGGCCGGCGAAUGGUUCGACAACGACGAUCAACAGACCAAGAUCAUCAAUCAAUUGCGUACAACAAUCUCCGGAUUGAGGAAAUUCACCAAUUACAGCAUGACAGUGCUGGCCUACACUUCGAGCGGAGACGGGGCGAGGUCCGAGCCCACCUACUGCCAGACCGAGGAGGAUGUGCCAUCUGCACCGGCGGAAAUUAAGGCCGUCCUAAGUGCCCCCGAUAAAAUACUAGUAUCGUGGCUGCCACCCAAAUUCAGUAAUGGGCCAUUAGUUGGAUACACGUUCUACAUGAGCCAAAUGGAGGACGGCCGAGAGGAAGGGACCCACAAAAGGGUGCUGAGCCCCUCCACCGAAAUGCACGAAGUUGAGAGGGUUAAACAAUCGUCAACGCUCGAGUUCUGGGUCACGGCCUCAACAAGGAUCGGCGAAGGCGAGAGCACACGUGUCAUCACCGUGAGCCCCUCGAAAGCCGUCCCGGCGCGAAUCGCCUCCUUCGGGCGUGAGGUAAUAAGCGCCUGGAAGCAGAACGUGUACCUGCACUGCAAGCGCGUCGGAAUCCCUCUUCCGAACGCAAUUUGGCGCGUCAACGACCUACCCCUCGAAGUCGGAGGCCGUAAAACGAUCUUCCCCAACGCCACGCUUGUGAUUAAAGACACUCAAAGCGUGGAUCAAGCCAACUACUCGUGCAGCGUCGAAAAUCAAUACGGAAGAGAUGAAAUCGAAUACAGUUUGAAGGUUUUAGUGCCACCGGAAGCGCCCGUUUUAAGCGUCGUUGAAGCUUUCACCGAUAGCUUACACCUGAGAUGGAGCGAUCAGGGCAACGGGGGAUCACCGAUACUCGGAUACGUGAUCAAUUACAAGCGAGACCACGGGGACUGGGAGGAAUUGCAAAUUUCCGCAAGGACCGACGAGCACAUGCUUAGGAAUUUGUGGUGUGGGACCAGAUAUCUCCUCUACAUCACGGCCUUCAACAGGAUUGGCACGGGAUUGCCGUGCGAUAUCGUCGGAGCUCACACGAAAGGAACAGUCCCUGUGAAGCCGAAGCAGUCGCAGAUGCUGACCAUGAACGCGACCGUGGUGACCAUCUGGCUGGACUCGUGGGGCGACGGCGGCUGCGGCAUCCUCUACUUCGUGAUAGAGUUUCGCCCCGGAAAGCACUCCCCUUGGAUCAUGUCGUCCAACCACGUCAAACCCACCGAACGAAUUUACAGCAUAAGCGAACUAUGGCCUGCCACCGAAUACCAGUUAAAAAUCACCGCUCACAACAACGCCGGCAACACCGAAGCCCUGUACAACUUCACCACAUUAACACUCUUAGGUGGUAAGCCGUCCAUUCCGCCCUUGAGUCGUAUUGAAACUUGUAUGGCGUUAGCUGUUCCAGAGCUGGCACCGCCCGUCUCGCACUCGGGGGAUCACCCAUUCUACACCAACGCUCGGGUCCUAGUUCCCAUCAUUCUGUCGCUGUUGGUGCUCGUGGCGCUGAUCGCGACGCUCUUCUGGCGCAAAAAGAUUCGGAGCGAGCGGGAGAGCCAGAAUCGGUCGAUGGGCGAGUCGCCCUCCAUGGCCCAGAUCCAGAAUAAGCAGAACAGAGACCAGCAGUAUCUGGCUGUGCGGGUGGGACGAGGACCGCAGCCUCUGGCCAUCGAUUCGGACACGUAUAAGGCCGAAUCGGCGGAUUAUAUCGAGGAUAUUUGUCCCUAUGCCACGUUUCAAUUGUCCAAACCAGCGUACAGUGAAAGCUCGUACAGCGGAAACGUGUACAGUGGACCGUACCAUUCGGUACGGGGUUCUUUUGUUUAUCAUGAUGUUAAACCACCACCUAUUGAUAAGUUUAAGUUAGGACAUAAUAAAGAACCAGAAUAUACCAAGGUUCGAAGAAAAGGGGGAAGACUGAGAGAUCCACACUCAGAGAGUCAAGAGUCUGAUAACCUGGGCAGCACUGACUCAGAAGUGAAGAAGAUACUAACUCUGCACCUGCCUAUUUCAGAGUACGACACCCUCGGUUCGGAUUCCGAGGGCGACGGCCGCGCCACCAGCCAAGAACUCAUGUCUUUUAGCCAUAGAAUGCGUGGCGGCGCCGAAGGCUCGUCCUCCUCCUCGGAGACGUCGCCCCCGUCCGGCAGCGUGGGGCGCAAGCCCUACCCCGCGCGCAAGGGCAAGGCCAAGGGCGCCCCCUUGAGCAAGCGGCACGUGCGCAGCAGCAGCGGGUAUUCGAGUCACAACGACGAGACCACCUUCAGCAUCUCGCACGCGCCGAGCUUCAACGAACGGAUACAUCCCCCGAGCAGAUUCUCCGACUUGAACCCCAGAGAGCUGAGCGAGAGCGACUUUGACAAAGGGCACAAGCCGAGAGGAAUGUCCAAAUUGACACGAGAAGCUUUCCAAAUCAACGUUUAAGGGCCGGAAGGCGCCGGGACUGCACCUUGUGACGAUUAAUAUAUACUAAUUGUGGUACAGUCGCCAUCAUAAAGAAUGUCACCCCUUGAGGUAAACCGGCCGGCUGGGUUUCUUAUGAUUGUGACUGUACUACAGUUCCCACGGUCAUUAUUGGCCAGCUGGUGCACGACCGGCGAUUCAGCCGCGGUCUAGUCUAAGACACUUUUUUAUUUUUGUAACUGGGAGAGCGAACAAGUGUUGGCUGGUGCCUUCAGAGGGAGACAACGCGCUUCCCUACUUCCGCGUGGGUGUGCCAAACGAAUUGAUAAUAAAGUGUAUAGAGCAGUGUAUGUUAUAGAUUUUAUAGAUUGUUAUAUAAUGUUAAAUGAGAAGAAUCAGUGGUUUCCACACUCUAGUCUAUUUGUGUUAAGACACGGUCACAACUUACUCAUCGUAUAACAUAAACCAAUAAAGAUACCACAAAAUUUACCCUCUUCCGCAAGACUCAAACAACUGUCAUUUUUUGGAUUAACCUUUUUAUUGUAAGAAUGUCAAAUGUAACAAAAUAAUAAUAAAAUGUUGUGUUAAAACAAGCACUAAUCAUUCGUGAAAUCGAACGGUUCGAAGUCAGCUCGCAACUUCUCCACAAGUUCCUUUUCACAAUCUUUGCCCAAAACGCUGCUUCUCCAGUCAACUUUCAGCGGACAGUUGAGAAUUGGAGCGGUCACCAACACCUCUCGUGCGAAAUUAAGCGGGAAAACACCCUUGAUUUUCGUGUACAAAACAACACCGUCUGGCAGUUCGACAGUGAAAUACGGAACAUUGGCCUGAAGCACUUGGUCCAAUCGGCUGUUGGAACCCAACAACUCCAGCUUGAGGCCAUGGGCGCCAGCCUCGUC